GCUGUCUCGUUUAUUCUGUCUAUUUUUUUUUCUCCUCCCCCCAAUUCCCCGUUCAACUCAAAUUGGGUCGGCGAACUGAAGGAUUCUCUUUCUUUUUUGGACGGACGGAGUUUUAUUUCUCCAUUCUUAUCUUUGCUUUGGCUGUUGGUGGGUGCCAGGCGUGGAUGUUGGGGGCUUGCUUGAAACCACCGUGUAUUGACCAUGUGGGCAAAAACGGGCGCCCGCGAAGGCAGAGGUUUGUCAUAUAUCUUGCCAACUUUGGAACACUAUGCAAGUCAGGCACGAGGCGGGAGGGCAGACGCAGGGGUGACUAUGGGUUUUCUUCUGGACGAGUCGAGAUCAACCACCACCAACCAGGGUUUGGCGGAGGGCGACGACCAAGGCGAGCGGAAAGGCAAAUGGCCUGCUGCGCAAGAAAAACAAGCCGGCAUGACGGUGGCAUUGACUGCGUAGGCCCCAGGUAUAAGUUGGGCAAUGCAUCGACUAACGACGACUUGUGUCUGAUGCGGCACGCUUCGCUACCUAGCAGCUUGCGCCGACAUUCCCCCCUUUGCCUCACCAACCACCCACCACCUCACAUUCCUUCCCCCGUCCCACCAACCGACCUGGCGCUGUCCCAGCAAUCCACCGAAUUGCCCGCCCGCUGGUCCAUAACGAAUCGCCUCUUCAACUUCAACCCGUUUGCCCUCUACAACAACUCCCCGCCCCGCCCCAAAGCUUCGCGACUCUGGAACCCCGUCAACUCGUCCCCGCGCACCCUCGCCGUCCAACACCACCCACCGCCGCCGCACCUCGACACCACCCUCACCCGCGACGCCUACACCCCCAACGUCGUUCCCGUGCAACGUCCAGACACCCGCGACGAGUAUCCGCUAUUGAAUCUGCCGCCUCUGCACCACACAAGCCAGAGCCCAGCCCCGUCGUCCCUGUUUGUCGAACGCUCCACCGGCGACACCCCAUCCGGUCGCACGAGCAUCGCUCUUCCGCGUGAUCGUAGGAGCCUGCAUCCACCGUCACACCCGCACAGCCCAAUGGCCGUGGAACACGCCGCUGCAGACGAACCCGCAGCCCGCCGCUCCAACGACCCGGAAGUCGGCCUGUCCCUGCGUCCCUCCCUCACCCGUGUCUCUCUCCCCUCCCGCCCGAACUCUCUGCAUUCCGGCGAAGCUGCCCACGAUGGCGAUGGCGACGACGACGAGUCCGAGUUCACCUGGGGGCCCUCGCACCCUUGCUACCCGCACCCGAACCCCCACGUACCACUUGACACGGAGCUCUACGAAAACACGCGCAUCAUCCGCGUAAAACGAGACUGGAUGCUCAAGGGCGACCUGGCGCCCACCUUCACAAACAUGUACCCCGAGAUCCUCGACCCCAUCAUCACCGAAGACCAAUUCCGCACCAUUGUCCAGAAAAUCAACAAUACACUGGUGGAUGCUUUCGAUCCGUUUAGUUUCAAGGCGUGGAUGGAUUCGCUGAUGGGCGUCGCUACGUUUUGGCUGUGGGACGAUGCCGGGUUGACGAAUAUCAAGAGGAAGCUUGCGGAGCUGGAGGCGUGGCUUGAGGCAUGGAAUAAAGAGACGGGCGAGCAGGAAGGCGUGAGGAUUAUCCCGCUCAGGCGGACUGGCUAUUUGACUCUCGACAUACAAAUCCCAGAUCCCCACCUCGGCCCCGUCACAGGAACCACACGCCCCAACACAAACGAAGAAGAGUCCCAACCAGACCCUGCGGCACAGAAACAGCAACAACAGCAGCAAUCACAGCAAAUUGGCCAGCUCCCUUAUCCCUUCACCCCUACUCUCCAGGUCAAUCCUUCGUCCCCCCUCGCACUGGGAGCCCAAGCGUAG